AUCCAAAAUCUUAGUAUCAUAUUUUCACAAGAAAAAUGAGUUCCAAAGUGUUUCUUCUUCUUGGUCUUGUCUUAGCUGUGUCUCUUCUGAUCUCUUCAGAAGUAGCUUCAGCCAGAGACCUUGCUGAUGUUGAUCCAUCCGAGGAAACUGAUGGGCACAGCGGCCAUGGAGGCGGCCACGGAGGCGGGCAUGGAGGAGGCCAUGGAGGUGGCCACGGAGGCGGCCACGGAGGAGGUCAUGGGGGCGGUCAUGGAGGCAAAGCGGAGGAAACUGAUGGGCACGGUGGACAUGGAGGCAGCAGCGGAAGCGGACACAGCAGUGGCGGCCAUGGAGGAGGCCACGGAGGUCACGGUGGCGGCCACGGAGGAGGCAAGGGCGGGAAUUACUGAAAACGCAGAACUAAGCAGUUGCUAGUGUGUAUGUGACAUGCCAUAAUUAAAUAAAAUGCUUGGUGUGGUUUGAGCUUA